AUGAGUGCCUCGCACCUCUCGAUUUCCGCUGUGUACCUAAGGUACACCCACGGGGGAGCAGUGGAGGGUGAGCUGAUCCUCAGGGUCGAGCCGAAGAUCUACGUGUUGGACUACCUCAAAGACAAUUACCCUGGGUUCGUGAAGGGGUUCGGCAUCGAUAUGGACAAAUACACUGCCGUCUUUCAGCUCCAAAUGAAAGACUGCCACAAAACAAGCAUCCCGGCGGAGGUCCUGGGCAUGGACGAUCGGGAGCUGGCUCCCUCGUCCGUCAACAUCACGGCCACCGUGAAGGAGAAGGGGACGGGUGUCCAGUUCACGGAAACCUUGAUCCUCAACGUUGAAAGGAACCCCUUGGAUAUCGACUUGGAGGUCUCCCCAACGCAUUUCAAGCCUGGUUUUGUCUACAAUGGCCUGGUUAAAGUGAAGGACAGGUCCGGGGCACCCGAAAAGGGUCAAAUGAUCCAGAUCUGCAAGGAUCCUUACGGGUCUUCGGAUGGGAACAAGGGGAAAUGUCGAAAUUUCACGACGGAUUCUCAGGGCCUCGUCCGAUUCCAGGUUCCUCCGCAGGUCCACGACGUGCACUCCAUCAGUUUCGAGCCACUUGCCGACCAAGAGGGGGAGCCCUUCGAUGUAGGUCUAGGAGGCGUCAAGCUGCUUUCCCCUCCACCUCUGCCACCUCCCAACCGAGGGUCUCCUCAAGCUGCAGCUCCUCUACUCAAACUCGACGCCCGACGUCCUCCAUUAUCAGGUGAAACUUCGGAUUCGGCUUUCGUCAGUUCGACGAAAGGGGAGGUGGAGACGGUGGAGGGUUGCGAGGGUCUCCUCAAGCUGCAGCUCCUCUACUCAAACUCGACGCCCGACGUCCUCCAUUAUCAGGUAGCGGCCCGAGGGGACAUCCUUGCCUCCGCCGCCUUUGAUCACAGCUCAGAAGGGGAAGUGGAGGAACUUGGAGACCCAGAGCUCCUUCUCUAUAAAUCCGAUAAGGAGACGCCAGAUCCUGGGCUCUUGAGCAAGGCCACCGUCGAGAUCCCGGUGACUCCCGAGAUGGCACCUGAGAGUAAACUGGUGGUCUUUUACAUUAGAUCCGACGGAGAGGUGGUGUCCGAUCACCUCACCUUCAGAGUGAACCGAUGUCUCACCAACAAGGUGGAACUGGAAUGGAGUGAAAAGGAAGUGGGGCCUGGAUCGAAGGUAGGGCUGAAAGUGAAGGCCGAGCCGGAGUCAGUUUGUGGGUUGAGAGUGGUGGACAAGAGCGUGGACCUCCUCAGACCGGGGGAUCAGCUGAAUUUGGAGAAAGUGUUUCAGGCUUUGGAGCGCUUCCGGAUAUAUGACUAUGAGUCGCCCUCCCAGAGCACGGACUACAACUUCUAAGGCGAUUCAGAGAUCUUCGGUGGCUACGACUCCCGCAGUCAUGCUCUCACAUCCUUUGAUCGUUCGGGUCUACUGGUGCUGUCCGACCUGAGCGUCUAUACCCUUCCCUGCCGAGUGCCUGUGUUCCAUCACACUCAGGCAUUUCGGCCUGUAAACGCACCAGGACUUUUAACGACUACAGUAUCACUCUCGCAACCGGAUGCUUUGGCUGACCAAAAGGAGACACUUGGUGGAGCUCCGAUCGAACCGACUCACGACGAUUUUCUUCCCGUUGAGGUUCGCGACUAUUUCCCAGAGACUUGGCUUUGGUCUCUGGAGAACGUCGGGGAAAAAGGGGAGUUGAAAUUAGAGGAUCUGGAAGUGCCGGACACCAUCACAGAGUGGGUGGGGUCAGCGGUGUGCAGCUCCCCACUGGCAGGACUGGGCUUGUCCUCCCCUCAAUCCCUCAUUGCCUCCCAGCCGUUCUUCCUCGACCUCACUCUACCCUAUUCGAUCAAGAGGGGGGAGAUCCUUCCCCUCCCUAUCUCCAUAUUUAACUACAAGGCACAUCCGUUGCCUAUUCGAGUUGAGCUGGAAGAAUCCGCGUCUUUUAAGGUAGAUGGAGACAAAAUGAAAAGCCUUUGCUUAGCAGAGCAGGGAAAUGAGGUGGUGACGUUCGACAUAGACUUCCUGGAACUCGGAGAAGUGAACAUCACCGUUGUGGUUCGGGUCGACCCUACCUUCCCCGAUGUCUGCGGUCUCUCGUCCACUGCGGAGUGCACCCCGUUAAUAAGUGACGGUAUCGUGAAGCCGAUACGAGUAGAACCUGAAGGGUUCCCGGUAGAAGAGACGAAGAACUGGUAUCUGUGCAAGGGAGAUGAAGAGGUGAAUGUGCUUCACUCACUGAUCCUGCCGGAGGACGUUGUGCCGGAUUCUGCUCGAGCGUGGGUCACCGCCUCUGGUGACCUCCUCGGACCCUCGCUUCAGGGAAUAAAGUCGCUUGUGAGGUUGCCGACGGGCUGCGGGGAGCAGAACAUGGUCGCUCUGGCUCCGAAUAUCUUCCUCCUCCAAUAUUUCAACGCCACGGAUCAACUCAAGCCAGAACUGAAGGCGGAGCUCACCCACAAUAUGGAGAUCGGACUGGACGAUACUGAGGGCUCAGAGGGCUCAGAGACCGGGUUGUCGGCGUACGUCCUCAUCUCUCUUCUGGAAUCGGGUGCCGCCGUGGAUGAUGAAGUGAUCCAGAGUGCCCUGCAGUGCCUGAAGGGUAACCAGAAUCCCUCGACCUACACCCUUGCCCUCACCACGUACGCCUUCAUCUUGGCGGGGGAAACCGAACUCGGUGGGAUAUAUAUGGACCAGCUCCUCAAAAAGGCCACCGAGAAAGAUGGCCUUCUAUUUUGGCACGCCUCUCCUGGUGAACCGUCAGACGCAGUGGACAUAGAGAUCACAUCGUACGGAAUCCUCUCACUGGUGAAGUUGGAUCGAGAAGGCGAUUCCAACAGAGCCCUUUCAGCGGUCCGUUGGGUUGCCUCCAAGAGGAAUUCAAAUGGGGGUUUCACUUCCACUCAGGAUACAGUGAUGGCUUUGCAGGCCUUGGCGCGAUACGCGACUCACGUGGGACUGGGAGACGUGGACAUGAAGAUCCAACUCUCCUCCCGUGACUGGGAGCACACCUUCCAUCUCACAGAUGAGAAUCGUCUUGUCCAGCAGAUGACCCCCGUCCCCUCUGUUCCCUUCUAA